GUACACACACGGGAACGGAACCGAGAGUGGAAUUGGAGAGACUCCGACGAGGCGAGAGUUGUUUUUUCGUUAAUCUUGGCGUUCGAGCCGACGCUUGUUUUUUAGUUCGAAUUGCUAUUUUAGAAUUAAAAAUUUUAAGUAAUUUUAGCGGCGAUGUGUACAAUUGAACGUAUACAAAAAAAGUCCAUCGAACGUGAGUGACGCAUCUUCGCGGAUUGUAAAGGUUAGGGAGGAGGAACACGUUGGUUGAGUUUUUCCGAAAUUCACUGUAGGCGAAUUCACACAAGCUGUGUGGCACAUGUGUCGCGUGAACUACAGAUCUUCAGAGAUUUGCAAUAUCAAUAACGAUAAAUAACGGGACUCGUCCACUGUUCGCUACAACGUGAUCUCUAAUGUUGGAUUAAAUGCUAGAAAGUAUGAAGACUGAAAAUCCGGUGUUAAAACUUCUUCAAUACAAAAUGGAACAGUUGCAAACGGCAUUAUCGUCCAUUAAAGUACUUCGCUCCAACGUCGGACAAGUGUUUGAAUCUCUCGCAAAUGGUUUGCGCGCAGAACACGGAGAGGAGAACAAAGAAUCCAAAUAUUUAUUGGAGUUGCAGGAACUGUUGACCACUGUAAAUGUUAACUUGAGAGAUGUAGAGCAGGCGAUAAAUGCUUUAAAUCCUCCACCUGGACCGUUUAACUUAGCCAGUACAACAUAUCUCAGUCAAGAAACAACGCAGGAAAGACAGGCACUUUACAGUACAUUGGUCAACACUUACAAAUGGACAGAUAAGGUUCACGAAUACAGCUUAGUCGCUCAGACGUUGCUCGGGCAAAAUUCACUGAAGAGGUCUUACUCAAGCUCAAGUAGAUCAAAAAGGGGAAGGUAUCAACCCAGUUAUCACAAUGUACCUCAACCACAAGUCGAUGCUAUGAUAACGCAAUUUGAUCGAUUAUUUACCGAUAUGACAAUAACCGUAACUCGUCCAUUUGCAUCAAAUGUGGUGUUACACGUCACAUUGGGUCACGUUUUGAAGGCGGUAAUGGCAUUCAAGGGAUUGAUGAUUGAGCGAGUGGUGAUAAAGGGUUACGGCGAAACGAUGGAUCUCUGGACCGACUCCAGACAUAAGGUCUUCCGGAAAUUAACGGAAAACGCUCACUCUGCCAUGCUGCAUUUCUAUUCGCCCACAUUACCCGAAUUGGCAGUCCGAUCGUUUGUGACGUGGCUUCACAGUUACAUUAAAUUAUUCAACGAGCCGUGCAAACGCUGCGGUUUGUAUUUGCACGGUGCGUUCCCACCGACUUGGAGAGACUUUCGCACUUUGGAGCCUUAUCACCAGGAAUGCAAACCUUAAGUGCCAUUGACAUUCUUCAAAAUAAAUCUACUUAUUUGUCAAAAAGCUUCCCGGAUUGUGUGUUUACUGAGUGUUUACUUAGUGCGACUAUAUAUAUAUAUAUAUAUGUAAUAUGUAAUACUCUAAAGCAAAUGUACGAUAAUCAAGUACAACAAUUUUAUAUAAUAAUUAAGUUAUGAUAUUUGAUAAAUAUAUUUUUCCGAGAAAGGUUUGUUGAAAUGAAA